AUAGUAAGAGACACUACACUUAUUCUUUUCACUCUUAAAAUUGUUUGGAGAACUGAGAAAAGGGUGAAGUAAGAGAUGGCUUACUACAAUCAAAAUCCUCCUGCGGUUAACGUUAACGUUUCUGGUCCACCACCUGCACAAGGAUAUCCUCAACCAGGUUAUCAAGGGUAUCCUCAACCAGGGUAUCCUCCAGCACCCCAACCUCAAGUUUUCGUCACUCAAGCUCCACCUCAGGCUGCAAAUUCAGGGGCAGCAGAAGCAGGUUUAUUGGGAUGCUGUGCCGCGCUUUGUUGCUGCUGCGCCAUGGAGGAGUGUUGUUUCUUGUGUGUAUGAUUUUGAUCAUCAAAUGAAGAAUGCUAUUAUGCUAAACUUUAUUCAGUGUUGUUUAUUAUUUUGAAAGAAUUUUAUUCAGUGCUGUUAUUCUCUAAGUUAUUGUUAUGGAGUAUCAUUUGAAAUGUUUAUCAGUUGAAUCUUAUUAUGCGCAUAAACCAAUAUAUUUUGGAUGAAUUGCUGCGCCAAUAUAUUUGGUUUAGUUUCAUUUUUA